AUGGAUUGUUGUUCUGUUGCAGCUCUCAAACUCGCAACCUUAAACGCAAAUAGUAUGUAUACAAAUCACACCACCAAACAAUUCACUACGCUUCCUACCCUGGGUUUUGGUUCUCCAAGACCCGUUGUUCACGGUGUGAAUUUCACUUUCAAUCCUACAAAAUCGCCUCACUACAAAGUCAUGUGUGUUCAGAGCUCAGACUUCAGUUCUGAGCAUUACCAGAUCAAGAUCUACUCCUCCAAUACUGGUCCUUGGAGGGUUUCUGGUCAACCUUUCACUGCUCAUGUUAACAUUCAAUUCAAUGGCGGGGUUUAUUGGAACGACGCAAUUCAUUGGCUCAGCAUCCGGGGAGAUCCGUUGUGUUUUGAUGUUGAUAAAAAAUGUCUUCAAAUAAUGCCGAUGCCUCCACUUCCAUCAGGCUACGAUCGGAGGUGGUUUAACUAUUUUGGGGAGUCGGGUGACCAUUUGCAUCUGAUCGAGAGAGAUGAUUCCAACCAGAACAAUUGCAGAGCACUUGAAUUUCUACAACUUUGUUAUACUUUCGGUUGUCGGAGAGAAACAACAGAUGGGGGGGAGUCGUCGUUCAUGGUGUUGCACAUAAAUGGUAAGGUGAUGCGGUACAGUUUUGAGGAUAAGAGUUUGAAGAAGCUCUGUGAUUUUGCUGCUUCAGCUCCAGGUCGACCUGUGAGUUUCGGUGGAAGGCGCCUUUGUUUUCCAUUUAUUGAGGUAGACCAACCCAUAUGCGAUCGGGCAGUGCAGAUCAUUCUUGGGCUAUUAAAGAAGUUGAAUGAGAUGGAAGCACAAUUGAAGAGAAGGACUGGAAGAGAGGAAACUAUGGAUUUGCUUGGUUUUGUCAUGGUUGGUUGUAGGAAUAUGACAAAGGAAACACACAGAAGUUGGGACACAAUCUGUGACCAUAAUUGUCACUCCAAAUUCAAUGAACAAUGA